GGACGGUGGGGCGUUGGUCGCGGUGCUGGCGGGGCGGGAUGGCGCUGUCGCAGCAGUGCGAGGCCGCGUUCGGUACGGCGGACCUGUACGGUGUGCUGGGCGUGCGGCGCGGCGCGUCCGAGCAGGACAUCCGCCGCGGCUACCACCGAGCCUCGCUGCGCCUGCACCCCGACCGCGUCCCGGCCGAGCAGAAGGAGGAGGCCACACGCCGCUUCCAGAUCCUGGGCAAGGUGUACGCCGUGCUGAGCGAUGAGAAGCAGCGCGCAGUGUACGAUGAGACGGGCAUGGUGGAUGAGGACGCCGAGGCGCUGCAGGACGGGCGGGACUGGCUGGAGUACUGGCAGCUGCUGUUCAAGGUCACCGUGAAAGACAUCGAAGAGUUCAAGAGUACCUACAAGAACUCGGAGGAGGAGCUGGCUGAUGUGAAGGCAGCGUACAUGAACUUCAAGGGCGACAUGGAUCGGAUCAUGGAGUCUGUGCUGUGCGUGGACUACACGGAUGAGCCCAGGAUACGGGAGAUGAUCGAGCGAGCCAUCGACUCUGGGGAGGUGCCAUCCUACAAGGCUUUUGUAAAGGAGUCAAAGCAGAAGAUGAUGUCCAGAAGAAAGCGGGCAGAAAAAGAAGCUAAAGAGGCAAAAAAGACUCUAGAUGAGCUGGGCCUUGGUGGAGAAAAUGACUUGCAAGCACUGAUUAAACGCCGAAGCAAAGAACGAGAAAAGGAAAUGGAUAACUUCUUCUCCCAUCUGGAAGCAAAGUAUGGCAACACUGCUAAGAAGGGGGAAAAGAAGACCUCAGGCAAGAAAAGAAAGGCAGAAGGAACAGCAUAGACUGAAAUACCAGGUUCCCCUUUGUGUGGAAACGUGGAUUUGGGAGAAUUUUGGGUGUUUUCCAGGCCCCUGUUUCAGACUGAGUGCAUUGACUGGCUCUAAGUGGGAGGCAUGACAUGGAAUCCAUGCUGAAGAAGGAAGACAAGGCAUUCCUGUGCCACUGUCCCCAACCCUUUGGGUGCUCUACAGUUGAGAUCCAUGUGUGCUGUUCACACAUUUCUUCUGUAACAAACCUCCUGCUAUUUUUAAAGGUCUUUGCACAUCAGCUCAACAGGUCUUUUUCAGAUAUUCCAGUAGUUUUUGUAAAGAUAGUUUGGAAAAUUGCUGAUUUAAUAAACUAGAAGGUGGGGUUUUUUUCAGAGUUUUGCUUUCUCAGUUCUCUGUAUGUUUUCUAAAAAAGUUAUUUAAAACAAGCCAAUUGUGUUGAUUCUUCUGAUUUCAGUCAAAUCCUGCACACUUCCAGGGAGGAUCAUUUUUCAAAGGUAUAGGAGUCUCAAGGUGAACAUUUUGAGAGCUGAAGGCUCUCACAGUUCAACAGCAGCUCCUGGGGGGAAGCCAGAGGAAGAUGGUCUCUCUGUUCCCUUUUACUUGUCUGCUCUGAAAACUAACCCCGAUUCUGAGAAAGUAGAGCAUAUCAUUGUGGUUUAUAACACAGGGCUUGAAGGUUACUUUUAUAACACAAAAUAAAUAAAUAACAGUCCAGGAGCAGCCCCUGGUGUCAGCCAUCUGUACAAAAACCAAAAAUGGCCUUAGGAGGCGACUGCAUUUUUUAAACCCACUGACUCCUCUAGGCUGUAAAACACUACAUCAUGUUUACAGAAGUCUAUUCAAGUUUAUUUGUCUGCUUUUGUGAGUCUUGUGCUACAGAAAACUCCCUCAGUCCCUGAGGAAUGGCACAGAUACCAAUGGGAUGUUAUUUGCACUUUGCCUGACAUAACUGACACACUGCACAGCGUUCCAGAAGAGAAAUUGGAUUUUGAAUAUUUUGAAGUGCUUUAGUGAGUAGAGGUCUCUGGUGAGCAUCAGCUUCUCUCUCUGAAAACCUAAGAUAGAGCUCAGAGCUGUUUUUUUUUUUU